AUGGCUUCUCUUAUCCGCAAGCUCUUCCGCCGCAAGGAGCCGGCCCCGUUGGUCUGCUCUGUGGCUCUCGAUGACGAAGGAAACCCUGUUGGUGACCAUCCUGACCACGUUCACACGGAUGCCUGCUUCGUCAACUUUGAGCCUCUUGCAAUUGCGGAGCUGUUCCAAUCGCAAUCUUGCCAGUCGUGCCCUCCGGCCCUGCCCGGCAUCCACGCCGGUACCGCAGACCCAAACGUGCUGCUCUUGACCUAUCCCGUCACCAUCUUUGACCACACGGGCUGGAAGGACACCUUCUCCAGCCUCUCCAACGAUUCCCGUCAGCGAGCCUAUGCGAAGAGGUGGGCUCGAAACAAUCUCUUCACUCCUCAGGUCGUCGUCAACGGUAUCGUCGACGGCAGUGGACGACAGAAGGAGGAGAUCCAAGCCCUUAUUCAACAGGGCCGAGAUGCCACCAAGGCUCGUGACUUCCACGUCUACCUAGACGCAAACGACACUGAAGUCCGCAUCGACACGGACAAGCAAGAGGCUCCCCCGCACGAGGUGUCGUACAUUGUCUACACGCAAAAGGACCAGGUCAUCAAGCCUGCCAAGGGUGUCAACAAAGGCAAGAAGAUCCCCCACCGCAACGUGGUGGAAUCGGUGACCAAGAUUGGCGACUGGAUCGGCGGAAACGCAACUUGGUCUCUGCCUGCGCCGAGAAGUGCGCUGGGCCCGGAUCAGGGCGCGGCGGUUAUCCUCACCGAGGGAGGCCUUGGAGGACCGAUUAUUGCGGCGGCCAAGGUCUAA